GUUUCUACUGCGGCUGGGCACCGGUUCUGCUCCAGCGUCGGCCUGCGCUCCAGCUGCGCCCGGCCCGGCCCCGGCCCGGCUCGGCCCGGCCCUGGCCUCCGAGCGAAGGCGCCGCUGCCGCCUGGGCCGCUCCCAGGGCCAUGAGGAGGCGGCGGCAGACACUGCGGCCCGCGUCAAGGUGACCGGCCGGGACUGCAGCGGCAUCCGCGGCGGGAGCGGGCGGGCUUCUCCAGGCAGGUUAUGUCCCCGGCAGAGGCGGCCCUGAAGCUCCCUGUGGCCUGGAGACUAUGUACAAGAGGAAUGGUCUGAUGGCUAGCGUGUUGGUCACCUCCGCCACUCCACAGGGCAGCAGCAGCUCAGACUCUCUGGAGGGCCAGAGCUGCGACUAUGCCAGCAAGAGCUACGACGCUGUGGUCUUCGAUGUCUUGAAGGUGACUCCCGAGGAGUUUGCUAGCCAGAUCACGCUGAUGGACAUCCCCGUGUUCAAAGCCAUCCAGCCAGAGGAACUGGCCAGCUGUGGAUGGAGUAAGAAGGAGAAACAUAGUCUCGCCCCAAACGUUGUGGCCUUUACCCGGAGGUUUAACCAGGUCAGUUUUUGGGUUGUACGAGAAAUUCUAACAGCACAGACUUUAAAAAUAAGGGCAGAAAUCCUGAGCCAUUUUGUGAAAAUAGCCAAGAAACUUCUAGAACUCAACAACCUUCAUUCUCUCAUGUCUGUGGUGUCAGCAUUACAGAGUGCGCCCAUCUUCAGGCUGACAAAAACCUGGGCUCUUUUGAAUCGAAAAGACAAGACCACCUUUGAGAAACUGGACUACCUGAUGUCUAAAGAAGACAAUUACAAGCGGACUCGGGAGUACAUCCGAAGCCUGAAGAUGGUUCCCAGUAUUCCCUAUCUAGGGAUCUAUCUCCUGGAUUUAAUCUACAUCGAUUCUGCAUAUCCUGCCUCAGGCAGCAUCAUGGAAAACGAACAAAGGUCCAAUCAGAUGAACAACAUUCUCCGAAUCAUCGCUGACCUACAGGUCUCCUGCAGCUACGAUCACCUAACAACCCUGCCCCACGUGCAGAAGUACCUGAAGUCUGUGCGCUACAUCGAAGAGCUCCAGAAGUUUGUGGAGGACGACAACUACAAACUGUCGCUCAGAAUCGAGCCAGGAAGCAGCUCUCCAAGACUCGUCUCUUCCAAGGAAGACCUCGCAGGCCCCUCCACCGGUCCUGCAAGGUUCAGCCGGAGGCCCACCUGCCCUGACACAUCCGUUGCUGGCAGCCUCCCCACACCCCCAGUCCCGAGACACAGGAAGAGCCACAGCCUGGGCAACAAUAUGAUGUGUCAGUUGAGUGUAGUUGAGAGUAAAAGUGCAACUUUCCCAUCGGAGAAAGCGAGGCACCUGCUGGAUGACAGUGUCCUAGAGUCCCGCAGCCCCCGCAGGGGCCUCGCCCUCACCUCCUCCUCCGCCAUCACCAAUGGACUCUCCCUAGGCAGUAGUGAGAGCUCAGAGCUUAGUGAAGAGAUGUCUUCAGGGCUGGAAAGCAGGGGACGUCUCUACGCCACCCUGGGGCCCAACUGGCGGGUUCCCAUUCGGAAUUCUCCCAGAACCCGGAGCUGUGUCUACAGCCCCACUGGCCCGUGCAUCUGUACACUGGGGAGCUCGGCAGCAGUGCCCACCAUGGAGGGGCCUCUGAGAAGGAAAACGCUGCUCAAGGAGGGUCGGAAGCCCGCGCUGUCCUCGUGGACCAGGUACUGGGUCACACUCUCAGGAUCCACCCUCCUGUACUACGGAGCCAAGUCCUUGCGGGGCACAGACAGAAAACACUACAAGUCCACACCUGGCAAAAAGGUCUCCGUGGUGGGCUGGAUGGUGCAGCUGCCCGACGACCCCGAGCACCCGGAUGUCUUCCAGCUGAGUAACCCCGACAGAGGCAACGUUUACAAGUUCCAGGCUGGCUCCCGGUUCCAUGCGAUCCUGUGGCACAAGCACUUGGACGACGCGUGUAAAAGCAACAGGCCUCAGGUACCUGCAAACCUUAUGUCAUUUGAGUAAGUCUCUACAGAACUUGGCGUGACUUCGGAGGCUUCCGGGAGCCCCACCUGGGACUGGUGGUGAGCGCAAGUCCUGGGCAUGGGCCAUCGGCCAGGGUGCUGGGAGACUGACGGCUGGACUCCAGGGGCUGUGGCCUAUGGCCUCAUGGUCCAGAGGCCCCGCCAGUGCAGGGGCUGCCGCCACUCCCCAGUGACUGUCGUGACACCCAUUCAGCAGCUACACCCGCACUCCCUCUCUGGGCCUCGUCCAUCCUCCAGCUGCUGCUGCUGCUGCUGCUGCUGCGACUCGAGAGCCCUCGGCCCAUGUUGGGUCCCCAGGGCUUUCUCCUGCUCAAGAGAGUGGACAGUGUCAACCUGUGUGAGGGGCAGGAGAGCAGGGACAGGCUGUGGGACUGGCUCUUCACACCCCAAGUGCAUGGGGUUGCUCGCCCACAGGGCUUCCUCGGAUUUUGUACGACCCAGAAGCUCCCUCUGCGUGUGCGUGCCAUAUACAUGUGUGUGCAGGCGAGUGUGAACUCUUCAAGAAACAUGCAUUUUGGCACAAGACUCGUGACAUCGCUCAUUCAUUGGCCUGGAGGCCCUGCUUUAACCUUCAGUGACAGCCUUGUCCAGCAAGAAAGGUCGAAUGAGAGCCCAGACCCCUCCCGUGUUAAGGGUCCCUUGCAUUCUUUUACUGUAAACAAACAAUGCCUUAAACCGUGUCUCGUUUUCUGUUCCUAUGGGUGCUAUUCAUCUGGAAGGCCUGCCUCCUGGGCCUGGGUCCCUUCCAGGCUUGUUGGUGUCAGCUCUUCUGAGACAGGACCCGGCUUCAGGACUGCGGACUGGGCCACUGGCCUGCUUGCUUCCUCCCACGCCCUUCCCUCAGGGUCUGCAGGCCCUUCUCUUCCCUCCCCUCCCACCUCGCCCACUCAGGAGGCUGGGGCAGCCCUCCUGUUUCUCAGCCACAGCUCGGAAGCCGCCGUGCUCACAGCUCACUGCUGCACCACCUCUGCCUGCGGUGAGCCAAAGCUUCCGCUCCUGACGCCUCACCCCUCUGCCUCCACUGCCAGGGCGGGGCCCGGCCCGCUGGGGCCCCUGAUUACACCAGGGAGCUGAGUGACACUGAGGCCUUAGGCUCCCCCAGUAUUGCCCCCAAUCCAGUCACCAGCAAGUUCAAGGGCACAAUUGUUGAUGGCCAUGGUGACAAGAGAGCAAAGCCCUAGGGAGUGAGUGGCCGGGCUCUGUACUCAGUUAUGAGCUCAUCACAUGAACAACAUCCUAUCUGUCACUGUCAUAUUUUUGAGUGACUUUUGUUUUGCACAAAUACAUUUUUAUUCAAAAUUAUGAAUAAAAAUUAACUUUAUUUAUGGUAGCUUUAUCAGCAUGUCUUCCCCUCCCCGCUCUAAUCUGGGCAUCUUAAUUCUGAGAAGGAGACCCUAAGACGGUGUUUGGAGAGAAGCCGUCUCUGAGUCCUUGUUGCUGUCACAGCUCCGUCGCUCCCACCAAUCAGACGUCAGACCACCCAGAGGUUUCCGGGCAGAUGCUCCAGAGCGACGUCUCAGCCGGUACGUGGUGAUGGGUCAGCUGCAAGACAACCAAAGGACCCACCAGUGUGUUCUGACCCAAUGAUGACAACGUUUCUGAAAAUGUGAAUGAGUUGGUGAGGAAAGGUUGUCAUCGGGGUCUUUUUCUGUGGUCGAGCCUCGCUGGGCUCAGUAAUGAACCCUCCUUUGGAGCAAAGUCUAGAGUGCUUCCGUGCCAGGAGAAACCACAGUGGUCAAGGUGAGGCCAUCACACCGUGGCCCACGGCACCAUGUACACACCCCCGCAGCCGGGGUCUGGGUGCACGCACCUGAUCCACAGUGACGGUGAGAACCAGCCUCCGGAGGCUGGAUGAAGACACUGAACACGCCAAACAUCUCUCACCAGAACCAGACAUUUGGCUCGAACCUGCGUUCAAUCUGAUUCUGCCUGUUGAUUUUUUAAGUCUCAGGUUUGGAUGAACAUGUAAGAACGGAACAUCAGCAACAUAUUUUCCUUGAUUUUUUCCCAUUCUUCAGUUGUCCUGGGUUUUCUCACAUGAAAUAGUAUAGAUGUCAGUCCAAAAACCUCAGAAUUUCAGGCUCCACUAAGUCAGAUAUUUUUUGCCUUUUACAAAUUUUUCUUCUCUUCCACAAAUGUUUUCUUCUCAGCCCAUUUUGAAAUAGCACAAUCGCUAUUCUUCUCAAAGUGUUUGUUAGUCUUUUCACUAAUUGACACUGAUCCCACAUCCCCUCCUAGAAAUAUUCUUAGGUUGGAUUCUUGAAGAAUCUUUGAAGACCUCGUUGGCAAAGUCCCUGUAGACCUGGUACAAACCUUGAACUACAGGAGAGUCCUGGAGAUGAGCCGAGAGACCCUAGGCACCCCCAGCAGGGGCUUGGGGCCAAGCAUCUAAGUGAAGUGCAGAUUGGCUUCCCAGCGUUGGAGGCUGGGCCCGAAGGGGCCAGGCACAAAGCCCAGGGGAGAAGGUCCACGGGUGGAUUCUGACCUCAGAGGGAAGCAUUUCUGGCUUUUGCUGUAUGUCCAUAGUGCACAGAUGUUUGUGAAACCAUUGAAGAUGGUAUGUCUUGCAUGCAUAGGCUAUAUCUUUUUUUUUUUUUUAAGCAAACAGGUCACGACAUCCCCAAAGGAAACUUACAGAAUGCUUUCUACAGACGGGAGUAGGUAGCUAGUUGGUGUCAUUACAAUGCCCAAGAACAGCUCUCUCACCUCUUCCUGGGAGUACUUUUCACCCCUUUCCAUCAAACGUGUUUUGUAACUCAAGGUCAGCCAAGUGCAUUCUGAUGACUGAAAUACUUCCUGGAGGAUUGGUUUGACAGACAGCAGUAGAAACUGUUCUGAGCAUGCUCAGUGAAAAAGUGUGUUCUCUUCUUCCCUGAGGAAGCCCAGUCAUCAUCCUGUCCCACCGUGGAACCUAAAAAGGAAGAUACUUGAAGGGAUUCUGUUUGGAAAAGAACCCCACUCUCUUGCCAACUGAAUUUAUAAAGCAUUUCUUUUCUUGCCAAGAUGGCCAGUAUUUCUUUCACCAUCUUCCUCCCACCCCCGAAGCCCAAGGCGUGCACCUGUUAGGACGCCAUCUGACAGGUGGAGCCUCGAGGUCCUCCCACAUCGCUGAGGCUUGUAGUCAGAUGAACGUGGCCAAAAACACAGCCUCACUUUCAGUGAUUGCAUAAGUGACUUUAAUCAGCCCCACAUCACACUGGCAUGUGGGGUGAUUUCAUGUUUAAGAAAGAAAAAAAAUUAACGAGCCCCUUUGAAAGAACAGAGCCUCUGUGCAAAACCACCCAUUCAUUCAUUUGCUCACUUCACUAGUGAGUGUUUUCUGUGUGCCAGGCUCUCCCCGGGGUUUUAAAGGACUGAAAGCAAGAGAGACCAAUCCUGCCCUCAAUGAGCUGACCACUCAUCAAACACACAGCCCUCACACUGCAUCUCCUCCAGCAAACCUCUGCCCGUCUUCCCAGAACCGAGGACACACCCUGCGCAGGUUCCUCUGCAGAGGCUUCGAGAGGCUCCACAGACUGAACAGCCUCUUGAUCUGAGAGUUCAGGGGCAAUGAGGACUCGCUGGAGCCUCUGUUGGUGCAGAAUAGGCAGGCGCGGUUGGGCACUCAGAGGACUCUGAGGUGGAAUGAGAGCAGGGUCAGCAUGUUCACAGUAUUUACUUGAGAGGUUGUUUUGGCUUUAAUUUCAUGUUAAAUGCAAGCACAGCGUGAGCAAGAGCUGCAUUUCCAGAGUGUUGAGACCCCGAGCCGUGGACCACCUCGCAGGCUGUGCAGCGGGGUGCACACCAGAGGCAGCCCCAAAUCCCUGUCUGCAGCAGCAGCGCCAUGGAGCAUCGUUUGUUCUGUACCCAUUAAUGUGUCCACCCAUUUCUGAGCAACUGUGAACAUUCAAUAAUGAAACAAUAGUGAUUAAUUUAUUGUGUGGUGUAAUCUUUAAAUAAAUUUUGUGCCAAAAUGCAUGGUUUUUCACUUAGCAUUAAAAAUAUUGCAUAGAGAGUAUUUUAAGUACCAAUUUCUUAUGUAUUCCUCAAAGUAAGUUGAAAAUCAGUUUCUACCUUUUACUCCUUUUCUCGUUGCCUCUGUUGCCCUCUCUCAGGCUGUCGCUCCCCAGCAGACCCCUGCAUGCGGUUGUGUAAGGACUUUCUCUAAUUCUCGCCAAGUGUCUCACCCACCGUAACACUGGACAUCAGCUCCCUGGGGUUCUUUAGAUUUUGGUGAAGUAUUUUGUUACCUCGGUCUUGUAUCAAGUUGCUGUAUUUUUCAGCUUGUUACAUUGAUAAUAAUUGUUUCACUAAUUAAAUACUUUAAUGUACAAACAUCUUUGUUUACUU